CCUUGUGCUCUCUCUCUCUUCUUUUCCCUUGGCUUCUCUUCUCCUCUCCUUUCUCUUCUCUGCGACUUCAACAAUGGAAAACUCGUCUCAUGUCUACUGAAUCUACGAAACUCAUAGCUGAAAUUUCUCCUGUCUAAUCGUUCUUACAGAUUGAUUUCGUUGCGAUCUCCGUGUCUUGUUUUCUUUAAGAGAUGCGCUCCAAGGACAAAAUCUCCUACUUUUAUGAUGGGGACGUGGGGAGCGUCUAUUUUGGUCCGAAUCACCCAAUGAAACCUCACAGGCUUUGUAUGACACAUCAUCUUAUCCUUGCAUAUGGCCUGCAUAGCAAGAUGGAAGUUUAUCGUCCACACAAGGCAUAUCCUAUCGAGAUGGCUCAAUUCCAUUCUCCGGACUAUGUGGAGUUCCUGCAACGAAUAAACCCCGAAAAUCAGAAUUUGUUUCCCAAUGAAAUGGCUAGAUAUAAUCUAGGAGAGGAUUGUCCUGUCUUUGAGGAUAUGUUUGAAUUUUGUCAAAUCUAUGCCGGUGGAACCAUAGAUGCUGCACGCAGAUUAAACAACAAACUCUGUGACAUUUCUAUAAAUUGGGCUGGUGGGUUGCACCAUGCCAAAAAGUGUGAUGCAUCUGGGUUUUGUUACAUCAACGAUCUCGUACUAGGAAUUCUUGAGCUGUUGAAACACCAUCCCCGUGUGCUAUACAUAGAUAUAGAUGUUCAUCAUGGUGAUGGAGUUGAAGAAGCUUUUUACUUUACUGACAGAGUGAUGACUGUUAGCUUUCAUAAGUUUGGAGAUAAGUUCUUUCCAGGGACCGGGGAUGUUAAGGAAAUAGGAGAAAGAGAAGGGAAGUAUUACGCCAUAAAUGUGCCAUUGAAGGAUGGUAUUGAUGACAGUAGUUUCAACCGUUUGUUCAGGACAAUAAUUUCCAAGGUUGUUGAGAUAUAUCAACCAGGAGCAAUUGUUCUUCAGUGUGGAGCAGAUUCACUUGCAAGGGAUCGACUAGGAUGCUUUAAUCUCUCUAUUGAUGGACAUGCUGAAUGUGUUAAAUUUGUGAAGAAAUUCAACCUUCCCUUGCUGGUUACUGGAGGUGGAGGAUACACAAAGGAGAAUGUAGCUCGGUGUUGGACCGUUGAAACUGGCAUUCUUUUGGACACAGAACUUCCUAAUGAGAUUCCUGAAAACGACUACAUUAAGUAUUUUGCGCCGGAUUUUUCAUUGAAGAUUCCUGGUGGUCACAUUGAGAAUAUGAAUACCAAAUCGUAUAUCAGUUCGAUCAAAGUACAGAUUUUGGAGAAUUUGCGGUACAUUCAACACGCUCCAAGCGUGCAAAUGCAGGAGGUUCCACCGGAUUUCUACAUACCGGAUUUUGAUGAAGAUGAACAAAAUCCAGAUGAACGUGUGGACCAGCGUUCUCGGGAUAAGCAGAUUCAAAGAGACGAUGAAUAUUUCGAUGGGGACAACGAUAAUGAUGCGUCGUAACAUGGAUUCUUUGAACACAAAAACAAAGUUGGUUUAAGUUUUGUUUAGUUAUUGAGAAUUGUAAUGAAAACAACAUUUUAACUUUCUAAUUUAAAAAAAAAGUUUGUUU